UGGCGCCGCGAAAGUGAGGAAAACUGCAGUGAGUGUCUCUAAAAUGACUAUUGUUCGGGUUUGUCGUUGUUUCGUGAAGCCGUCGCACACAUAAACACACAGGCGCCGACGCGUGCUCCUUAAAUCAGCUUUUAACGACACAUAAAAUCGAAAGCAGGAACUUUAUUCGCAGUGUUUGGUGUCUGGUGUGUUCAGGUUCAUGUGCUGUGUGAGCUAACGUUGAAUAUGAGCUGGAUCGAUCGGGAUGGGAAUCGAUCUGCUUUAAGUCACUUCAGCCUUCUCACUUAGCGCUUCUUGUUUGAACUUUAACACAGAGGGUUGGUUAGUGUUUGGGGCUCCACGCUGGUGCCUUCCCGUCACACACAGCCUCCGGACAGAUGAGAGGAAGAAGAGGACACUCUUCAUCACUAACUCCUGCUGAGGGUGGGCGAGUUUCUCAGAAGCAGACCAGGAUGGCUCUGCGAAAGCAAAUGAUCAAGGAUGUGAGUGACAUUCCCUCUGGAAGCCAGCAGGAGGACGAAGCUCUCGACGACAGAGACGACAAUGACGAGCUCUCAUUGUCAAUUCUGUCACCUUCAUCGUCGAGAGAAAAGCGCAAGAAAGAGAGGGAAAACAAAUCCAAACCCAAAGAGAUGACAGAAGAGGAGAUGAUGGAUUUGGCUCUGCGUCUGAGUGAACAGGAAGCCAGUGUCACCGCACUCCGGCUGCAGAAAGAGGAAGAGGCCAUGAUGAAAGCCAUCCAUGAGAGUAUGGCCAGUCAGACACAACCGUGCCCCCCUUCCCAAAGUCAGAGUCUGCUCACGGAUGCUGAGGCCUCACUCAGGAUCUGCUCUCGGCGGAAACUCCUCUACUCAAAUGGGAAGCCGGUGUCUGUCGUCGAUCAGGGAGCCUCAGAGGUCGGCUGCACACCAGAGACAGACCUGAACACAGGAGCAAAAGGAACUGGAGAUGAAAGUAAUAACAGGAAUAAAAAGCGGAAAAGGAAAGAAGGAAGUCCUCUGCUGGAGAUGCCAGACUUGUCCCAGACUCAGAACAUCUACUCUCAGGCAUCACCCUGCAGCUCAGAGUCCCUAGACCUGGUUCUGGACUCAACCCAGAGCUCUGAGUCGACCCAGAUCGACGAUUGUCAGCUCCGUAAAUCCCCUGUCUUCCCCUCGACUGGCUGCAGAGCCGAGGUUCACGUCCCCCGUCUGAGCCAGGACCUGCUGCAAACCUGCAGAACCUCAGGGUUUGUGUUGUUGUCUCAGGACAGUUGGACCUCGCCUCGAAAGUCUUCGCCUGCUCAACCCAAGAGCCCAACAUUUCCCAAAAGCCCCAAACGCUCCGGUAACCUCACUUUAUCCAAGAGCACAGCUUUUCCUAAAAGUCCUGUCUCCUCAGAGACUGAUCACGGAGACGAUGGAGAGACAGAGCCGAGUCCUGAGUAUUUUAAAAGUCCAGUGUUUGGCAGGAAUACUCAGCAUGAGAAGUCACCAAGUGCCUGCAAACCCCAAGUCAAUGUCUGUAACUCAGGGUUCAUGUUCUCUUCUCAGGAGAGUUUAACCUCCUCUGUGAGGUCCGCGUCCUGUCGGCCUAAGAGCCCGGUAUUCCCCAAAAGCCCUGGUCUUCCCCAGAACCUCCCUCCCCCAGAAUCAGCAAUCUGCAAAAGUCCCGUGUUCUCAGAGACUGAUGGAGGACAGACUGAGCAGAGUCACGGAUGCUGUACAAGCCCAGUGUUGGGCAGGACUGGGCGACCACAAAAGGUUCAUCUUGAUGUGCAGAAUCACUCUGCGAGUCCUUCAGCUGCAGAGCUCAGAUGUUCAGGCACUGAAGGGAUUUCAGGAGCCACUGGGGAUCAGAGUCUGAGGCAGGACAGCAAGGCUGAUCACAACCAAGAUGUCAAGCUUAACGAGUCAGAUGAGGCAGAGGAGGUGAAGGAAAUAUCCAAAGACCGGGACUCAGCUGAGGUGGAGCUGACCAGCGAUAUGACGCUAGUCUGGUCCGACGAGGAGGAGGACGACACGCCGGUGGGCUCGCACAGCCCCAUCUUCCCAGAGGAGAGACCUGUUCAUCAGGCAGACAGCAAGGCUGCCUCUCUGAACCACGUGACUGCAGCUUCUCAAGGGACUACCAGGUCAAACUGCAGACCUUCUUCCUCUUCUACAUCCACCGCUCCAACAGAGCGAGAAAAACGCCCAAUCAGCAGUCAGGGAACGGUCAGCAGGCCUUCAGCCUCGCAUGGGGAGCCUGUAGACGAGCCGACGGUGCACUACUACUGGGGGGUUCCCUUCUGUCCACGAGGCCUGGACCCAGACAACUACACACAGGUGAUCCUGGCUCAGAUGGAGGUGUAUGAGAAGAGUUUGAAGCAGGCUCAGAGGUGUCUGCUGAGGAAGGCUGAAUGGGGGGAGGGCAUCCUGCCACAGCCGGAGAAAUGUCCAUCACCUGAGUCGCCUGCUGAGUCACCUCAAGAGCUUUUUCCUCGAAGGCGUGGGCUCAGACUGAGGACCAAAAAACUGUCUGACACAGCUGAUUCUCCUUCAGUUGAGGUAGAGGAGGAAGAAGACAAGAGGGAUGAAGAGGAAGGCAAGGAAAGAGAGAACAAAGGAGAAGAGCAGGAGAAUGAGGGAGAAGGAGUAGAGGUGGAUAACGAUGACUGCGAGGUUUGUCCAGAAACCCAACUGAGUGACAACGAUGACGACAGGACGCAAGAUCUGAUGAUAGACACUGUCACUAGAACAGAGCUCCAACCUAAAAGCCCGGCGCUGCCUGAGGUUGAGAUGAUUCUUCAGAACGAUUCUCCAGAUAGGGACGAGCAGCAGAAGCAGCAGCAGCGGCAGCGGCAGGAGGAGGAUGAGGAGGAGAUGGAAGUGGAGGUGGAGGUGGAGGUGGACGCCCCAGUGGACAGAAAGACGAAGGGAAACAUCCCUGUUGUCAGCAGCGACGGUGGAGGACCAACUACGAGGAAGGAGGAGGUAGAGGAGGACAUGGGGGAUCUAGAUGUGGAGGAGAUAAAGGAGCAAAGGCUUCAAAGGUCGACGUCUCCUGAACUGGAACCAGCUGCCGCCUCUCAGAGCUCUGAAACCAACGUGGACUGUCCCAUCUGUCAGGGAUCCUUCCCCGUGACGGAGAUCGAGAUGCACGCUGCAUACUGCGAUGGAGAGGUGGCCGUCGUGCAUGAGAGGAGGCCAAAAGCCGACUGCUUCCCAGUAUCACUGAAGCCUCGUAGGAAAAGAACAAAAAGAGCAGAGGUGACAGCGGACGAGACUGACACCUCCAACACUAGCAUGAACCCAGAGAAAUGUUUUAUCUGUCAGAAAGCCGUUCCUCUGAGAGACUACAGCAGACACACAGAGCUCUGCAUCCAACGACAGUCAUCAAAGACUGCAGCGAAGGGAAACCUGCUAUCGGCUCUGGAGCAAACGGACAGCAGACAUUCAGAGGCCGGGCCGUCUGGAUCCAGCCUCCAGCCAGGAGAUGUCAUUGAUCUGCGGGAUGACGAUGAGGAGGACGAGGAGGAAGGUGGCGUUUCAGCCAUCAGGAUUAGUAACUCUCCCAUCCGAUCCUUCACUCCGAUCUCAGAGGCCACCGGCUGCCUUAUUGACUUCAAAAAACAGCAGCGAACCAAGAAGCUGACUCAGAGACGAAGAUGAGGGUGACCUCGUAAAAGACUUGUGGUCCUGACAGGAAAUACUGGAAACCAGAGCCUUAACUAAAGACCUAAAGCCUCAUCAGGUUCGACAUGACGUCCUGAUGUAAACAUUUUGGAUAUUUAUGCAGGUAAAUGAAUACAAAUCGAACACUUGAAAGUUCAGAAUCUCACAUGUAUUCAUAAAAAACUCUUUCUGUGCCACUAAAUGUUUUCUGUAUUUACAUUUGUUAACGCUGAAGGUGUUUCAGACUACCUCUUCAUGUAUUGAAACAUUUCCUUUUUGUUACUAUAGCUUUGGUUUAACAUUACGGUUAGCAUCAUGUCUCAGAGUGUUCGUCAGAUUCAUGCAAACACAAUUUUACUGGCCUCAGCUUGAAGUGAAGUCCUGUUGUUUGUAGCCAGGCUGACUGUGAGUCGGUCCAACACUUGGGGUCUGAAAUAUUUCAGCAACUAUUCGAGGGAUUGCCUUGAAAUCUUGUACAUUCAAGAUUUUCCUCUUAUGCCACCAUGAGGUAAAAACACUUAAACCGCUAAAGCUAAUUACUGAAUUCAGUCUCAUAUUUAUCUGUAGCACUAAAUUGUUAAACGUGCUCAUUUUAAAUGUUACACAUCAUACACUAAAAUUCUGUACAAACAUACAUUUGGAAAGUCACCAUGCUAACUGUACACAUGUUCAAAUGCAAUGUUUCGCUAAUGCAAAUCGCUAAAAGUGACCCUGGUUUAGUCUUUUGUUCACUGACUGAAAAACCACCGAGCCAAUCAGAGCCGAUUAAGAAACUGUGACGUCAUCUUCUUGUGACAGAGCUGGACAAAUGGAGACAAACAUGGCAACAAUUGUGGAUGUAGGGCUGCAACUAACGGUUAUGUUCAUUAUUGAUUCAUCUGCUGAUUAUUUUCUUGAUUUAUCAAUUUAUCUUUAAAUUGUAACAUUUUCUAGAGCCCUAAAUGACAUCUUCAAAUCCCUUUAUUCAUCCAAAAGUCCAAAGAUAUUCAUUUAAAAAUCACAUAUGACAGAAAAAGAGCAGAUCAUUUUGAAAGUGUCUUAAUUUCUGCUCAAAAAAUGAGACACUUUUAAAAUACAACUAAUUUGUCAGUUGAUUAGUCGAUUAAUCGUUUCAGUUCUACGUGGAUGAGAUGGAUGAGUCAAUGUACAGAAAUAAAUCUUAAAUUACAGUUUAAGUGAACAGAAAAUGGCUGGCUAAAUGUUAGCAUGCUAAUGUGCAAAAUGUCAGAUAUUAAUUUGAACUGUAGCCAUGUUAGGAUGCUAACAGACUAAGAGAGUCAGAAAUGUCCUGAAAUGGCCACUGUAUUGAGAAUAAACCCUUGUGAUUUGGGUUAAAACAUGGCCUUCCCUCUGGCGCACCAUCAGGACAAACACUCAUUGUUUUGGAGCUAAGAUAAGAAAAGGUUUAUGUUUUUCUAGGUAGCGAAGUUGUUCUUCCACUCUUCAUCUCUCCGACAGCUUUUAGUUUGUGGUCUAUGAAGUGCUUCGAGUGAGCUCUUAUAAAUGAGGAAAAAUAUCAAAUUGAGUUCCUAGAUAAAUAAAAUCAGCAGAAUUUCUUUGAUAAAGGGGCUAAAACAGAAAUUAAAUAGCUCAUUAUUAGAGGUCUGUCCUCCGUUCAGAGCACGUCUCCAAUUGGAUCACACAAAAUUAAAAGAAAAAGUAAAAUUUCAACGUUUAACACAAUCAGAGCCUCCGACAGAGUUUUCAUCCUUUGUCUGGUUUCCUGUCAAAUGUUAGAAUUUGUUAGCACAUAAAUGUCAGAACUGUAAGAUCCCCUCUGUACCUUCUUAAGACAAUAUGUGGGAGGGAGUGUGAUGCAUUUAAAAGCCUUGAAAACUCUGAAUUUCCCCUUUAAUAUAAUAAACUGCCUGGUUGAGGGUCCUUCACAGCGGCAUCACAAGUUUUGUCCCUCUGUAAGUGAACGUAACAUCAACGUGUUCUGUGUUUCUGUGGCGAUCACAUUUUCUGCUCAAAACUCUCCUGUAAAGUCAUUUUGUCUCUGUUCAGAACAGGUUGUGUUUCUAUGCUUUCUCUGCACUGUGGACCAUUUUUAUCAUCCAAAAUAUUUCCUGUAAAGUUGACGCAGACAAAAUAUACUUGUCCUGAUUUCCCCAUUUUCUUUCUUCUGUUCUAUUGGCCUUGAAUACUGUAUCAGCACUUUAGAGCUAAAUAGGCUAAUUGAUGUCACAAAACAGAAGUAAAGUCACUGUAAAGCACUGGA